ACCAAAUGACGAAGAUGGUGGAAAAGAGAAUCCGUAGUCGGAAGAAACACGAGGGAAGGAAUCGUCACUAUUUUCGAAAGCAGACUUUCCGUUUUAAAAUGUGCCCUGGCCGCGUUCGAAAUUAAACCUGAUCGAUUUGCAAGUGCCCCGGCCCCAAACGUAAUGCUCGAUUGGUCAAGAAAUAGCUACGCGAAAAGGAAAAAGCUAGAAAAAGAGUGUGCCCGAGUGCGUUAGUGUGCGUCUGUCGGUGUCGCAGUCGGUGUGUGAAGCAAGAAGCAGAAAGAGAGAGAAAGGAGUGAAGAGGAGAGAAAAGAGCAAGGAGAGUUCUGAAGGACGUGUGGGCAGAAGAGGAUCAAAUCUACAGGAUCUUCGAUGUGCAUUAGCUAACUGGUCGAAUGUCGUAGUGGUCCUCGUUGACCCAUCUCAAAAUUCCACCUCAAAUCCCCAGCAUGCCCGUUUCGAUGGCCGUCUGCGAAACGGCGAAUGUCGUCAACGCCGCGCUACGAGAAUCGCUUGGCGGCACGUCGUCCACUUCAGCUGACCAGGCCAAAACCGGCGAAGAUUCUUCGGGCAGCCUGCAGAACCACAUAGUGGCCAACGCCAAGCGCAUCUUGAUGGCCAAAAUCGAGUAUGAGGAGGUGCCCAAUUACCACGAAUCUGUGCUGGAGAACCUUAAGUCCAAGUAUAUUGUCAUCAAGCCUGGAAAUCCAGGCGCCGUCAAUGGUUUUGGUGGCAAAAACAACGCAGGCAAAGUUGUGGGCGCAAAUGGACAUGACAAUAACGGCGGGCGCAAGCAGACGGAGCACCCUAAUAAUCAGUCGCAUCUGAACAAUCACAAUCAUCCGCAUCCCACAAACAAUCCCAAUGAGCUGCCCAAACCGAAGAGGGUUCUCUAUCCCCGGGAGAACAUUCGCAUCGGCUGGAAGCAGUCGGAGCGCAAGUGGCAGGUGGGCACGGGAAUGAUAAACGUGGGCAACACCUGCUACCUCAACUCCACGCUCCAGGCACUGCUCCACAUACCCGCCCUGGCCAAUUGGCUCGUUUCGGAGCAGGCUCAUCUGGAGAACUGCAAUGUUGCCGAAUCCGGUGGCUGUUGCAUUAUCUGCGCCAUGGCCAAAACCCUGUUGGCCACCCAAAGCAAUCAAUCGGCCGUCAGGCCCUUCCUCGUCUACUCGAAGCUGAAACAAAUUUGCAAGCAUAUGAUCGUUGGUCGGCAGGAGGAUGCGCACGAGUUUCUUCGCUUCCUUGUCGAGGCCAUGGAGCGGGCCUAUCUGAUGCGUUUCCGUAACUACAAGGAGCUGGACCAGCUGGUGAAGGAGACAACGCCGCUGGGGCAGAUAUUUGGGGGCUACCUGCGCAGCGAAGUGCGCUGCCUGAGCUGCAACCACGUGUCCAUCACGUUCCAGCACUUCCAAGAUCUGUUGCUCGAUAUUCGCAAAGCCGACUCCCUCGAGGACGCCUUUGACGGCCACUUUUCGCGCGAACGGCUCGAGGAUAUGGGCUAUAAAUGCGAGGGCUGCAAAAAGAAGGUAUCUGCCACCAAGCAAUUCUCCUUGGAAAGGGCACCAAUUACGUUGUGCAUCCAGCUGAAGCGCUUCUCCAUGAUCGGCAACAAACUGACCAAGCAGAUCUCCUUUAAGCCGCGCAUCGACUUGAGCAAAUACGCUGCCCGUUCGCCAGCGGCUCAAGCUCAACCGCUCACCUAUCGCCUUGUAUCGAUGGUCACUCAUCUUGGAGUUUCCCAGCACUGUGGCCAUUACACGGCUAUUGGUUCCACAGAUUCAGGCAGCUAUUACAACUUCGAUGACAGCUAUGUCCGGCCAAUCUCCAUGCAGAGUGUCUGCAACACAAAUGCCUAUAUUAUGUUCUACGAAUUGGACCCCUCACAAACUGCCAGCCCGGCGGCGGCCAGGCCAAAUGGAUUGCGGCUGACCAACGGUCACAGUACGCCAACAGUGCCUGUGGCCACGGUAUCUUCGCCCUCGCCGACUCGUUUCAUUGGGCCCCAACUGCCGCCCGGCGGCAUCAACGGCUACAGUAACGGCAAUGCCCAGAAAACAGCCAUUCAGUUCAAACAGCACCACCAGCAAAAUCAGCAGAACGGUCUCCAGCUGGGGACCGGCAAGUUUCAGGACUCUGCGAAGCCUUCACUGGUUGGCGCACACGCUAAAGGCGAGGCUCCUCCAGCUCCCACUGCAAAUGGUAACAAAAGUUCCUCCACCAGCAGCCACAACAGCAGCAACCACAAAUCAAUGAACCAGCAACAAUAUCUGCCAAUCUCCUCGGAAGAUGAGGACAGCGAUGAUGAGAUGAAGCCCCGGCUAACGACAGCCCAGCUGCCAAGCAUGCCCAAGAUGACGGAAGACAACAUAGAGAAGCCAAAGUCGCCCAUCAAAAUCCAAGUUAAGACUCCCAUCAAAACACCGCUGAAAAGUUUAGUGCCCUACGAAUACGCCUCUGAGGAGGAAGAGGCGCCACUGCCCAAUGCCCGCAAGCGUCGAAGUGGAUCCGACUCGAGCGAUUCGGACCAGGAGGCUGGACAGCUCAAUGGUCACAGCAAGACCAAUGGCAGUCUCACCAACGGCUCGGCCACGUCAUCGGUUCACGUUAACAACAGCAAACAAAAGACUGAUGCCAUAGACGAGAUAUUCAAGAGCCUGAAAAAGUCCGCUGACAGUGAGGACGACGACGAUGAAGAGGAGCCGAGCAUCCAGCUGACCAAUGGCUGGCACCCUCAGAAACAAUCGCUGAGCACUAGAGCACCACCCUCGCCGAAAACGCCACCCUCACCUGCGGUCAUUAAAUCAAAAACGGGCAUCUGGAAGGUGACCCGUAACGAUGAGGUUGCUCCUCCGGAAGACGAUGACGACGACGAUGACGAUGAGGAGGAGGAAGAGGAGGCGCCAGCGUUAGCAGCUAAAAUCCCGACGCCCUCAAAAACCCAUCGCAAUCCCUUCGCUAGCAGCAAACCCUCCACUGAUUCACCCACAACGCCGGGCGCCAAGCGCCAGAAGUUGCUGAACGGCACCGCGAUCAAGUCGCACCAGCCGCCAAGAGUUGGCAAUGGUUACCAGAGCGAGGCCACCUCAAAUGGGAGCACCAUUAACGAGCUGCUCAAGCAAUCGCAUCGCGGAUACGGCGCCUCUGUGCUCAGCUGGAACGGCAAGCCCGCGGAGCUCGAGAAGGAGCUACUGGUGGAUGCGCGUGAACAGCGUCAGCGAGACCUCGACGACGACGAGGAGAACGAAAUGGAUCGCGGGCGGCAGCGCAAGGUGAAGUCUGGAUCGGCCAAGGGCAGCAAUAGCAGCAACAGCACGCCCGGCUACAAUCCAUUCCAGGAGUACGAGGGCCAGAAGCGCUGGAACAAGAACGGCAGCAGCGGUGGCUUUCCGCGAUCCUACAACCAGAACUUCCGCCAAAACUUCCAGCAGCGCAACAAGUUCAAGUUCAACCGCUUCGGCGGACCGGGCAGCGCCAAGUUCCAGCAGCAGCGAGCCCUGCAGCGUCACCUGGCCGCCGGCGGUGGCUUCAGCCGACGACAGCCAACGGCACAGCAGCAGCAGCAAUCCUAACUGGAUGCGGAUAACAGGCGGCAAGGAUCAGGAGGAGAAAAAGGAGACGUCGAUGCGACUGCGGCGUGUGCAUUUGUUAUUGGAUUUCGAUUUCGCAUGAGUUUUGUA